GUGUGUGUGUGUGUGUGUGCACGCGUUUUCAUACGGCGCCGACGUGCGUGCAUGCGUGCGCACGCGCGUGUAGGUGUGUUUGGAGGUGUCAUUCUAACUUGGCUAUCGGGUCCGAUCACACAACCUUAAAUAUUCGUGCACGCCACUCUCUCUGGGGGGGAAGGCAAUCGCGCACGCCAGUAUCUCUACAGCCUUUUAUUGCAGGCUCAUUGAAAUGCCUCGCGGCGGGCCGUAUCUAUUUGCUCAUGAUAGGGCGCAAUAAUGGGUUACAUCACACACGCGCUGCGGCUGGGAACAGGAGGGACGCAGGAAUUGAACAAACACCUGCUUUUGGUAUUUGAGAAAUGAGCACACGUCCUCUUUACACACUCUGCGGUUAUAGGCGAGCUCGGGGUUGUAAAAACUGUGCGUGGCAUCCAUCGAUUCUCGUGGUUGUGGAAGUGACGAGGCCUUGCGACUAUAUCAAACUUUUGAAUGGAGGACGACAUCUGUCCAGUGACUAACUACUACGAGCGCAUCCUCAUGCCGGUGUCCUACAGCCUGAUGUUUCUGCUGGGCCUGACGUUAAACGGCGCGCUGCUGUGGCGCGUGUGCGCGCCGACGCGCCGCCGGAGCAGCGCGGUCAUCUACACGACCAACCUCGCCGUGGCGGAUCUCCUCUACGUGCUGUCGUUGCCCCCACUCAUCAUCAGCGACGCCAUGGGCGAGCUGUGGCUCUUCGGCAACGCGCUCUGCAAAGGCGUGAGGUUUUUGUUCUUCGUCAACCUUCACUGCAGCAUGGGGUUCCUCACGUGCGUCAGCGUGCAUCGCUUCCUCGGAGUGUGCUUCCCCAUAGCCGCCGUGCGUCUCAGGUGCAAAACGCUCGCCCGGUUGGCGUCGGGCUCGGUUUGGGUGCUGGCCACGGCGGAGCUUUUGCCAACUCUGGCAUUUGCGCACACGGGUGAGAUCGACAACCGCACUGUGUGCUUUGAAAUGACUGACCCGGGGCAAUUUAGAGUGUACUUCCCCUACGGGCUGUUUUUAGGCAUAGUUGGUUUUCUGAUCCCAUUCCUCGUCGUCAUCAGCUGUUACUGCUCCAUGGUGACGGUGCUCUACUGCAGGGCCGCGGACCGCGUCUCGAACGCAAGGACGGCCCGCAUGCGCAACAAGUCAAUUUGCAAGGUCCUGGUCGUGUGCCUCAUGUUUGUGGCGUGUUUCGUGCCUUAUCACAUCGCUCAGACCGUCUACUUGUUUGUCAGGGUCUACCUGCCCGCAAACUGUCACCUUCUCAACGUGUCCAUGAUAGCCUUCAAGGUGUGGAAGCCGCUGGUCAGUUUUAACUGCUGCGCCAAUCCUCUCUUCUACUUUCUGGGCAGUGGCCGGCAGCGUGAUAGGCUUCGGACGUGGGUGUGGAGGACGGCAAGGGUGCAGCCCGUGGUGUGUCUGGUGGAUGCGGGGGACACAAACAGGUCUGGAGUGCUUCCACCAAGGAGAUUAUCAUGAGUCAGAAGGUGGCAAUAACAAUGUGCUGUAUACAGUGUUUGAUAGUGAUUUUCUAUCAUUUUGUUUCUAAGAAUAUAUAAAUGGGAACAUUCAACAGCUAUGUCACUAACUUCUACUUUUUCUACUUGUUGCAACCUAUUAAACCGGAGGUUUUGCCUAAAGGAACUAA